AAGUCAUUGACACUAACAGGCAACUUUUUAUUCUUUCAGGACAGUGUAAGACAUUCCUCUGUUUCGCUUUUGUUGUUGUUGUUGGGCAUUUCGGACACACAUAUUGCCCCACAAUUAAGCUUGUACGUGUUUUGUUUGUUAAGGAAUACAAUACCACAAUUGGCUUCUAUUGGUCACCGUUUCUGGUCGAAUCUAAUUGUGAUGACAUACGGCAUCAUGUGGUGGGAAGCCGUGUUGUUAGAGUUCAGGCCAUUGAGAAGCAUGCUCGGCACUGGAACGAUGCUGAUAUUCUCGUAUUUGACACCUAUGUCUGGUGGUUGGAAACUAAAUUAACAAUAUUGUGGGGAUCAUUUGGGAGCCCUGAUGCAAUCUACAAAACAGUAGAGAUGAAGAUGCGUCGCUAUGAGAUGGGACUAAGCACUUGGUCGGAAUGGCUGGAAAUGAACAUAAACCGAACGAAAACCAAGUUGUUUUUCAUGAGUGUCUCACCUUAUAUCUUCAGAGGCGACGCUUCACGACACUGCUAUAAUAGAAGUGAGCCAGUUUUCCAGGAGGGGUAUUGGAGUGUUGCAAACAAGAGCCAGAUGAGUAUAGCAGAAUCAACAAUAAAGAAGCUGGAGCGAAGAGGGGUGAAAGUGGAAUAUCUGCGGAUAACACAAAUGUCUGAACAGAGGAGAGAUGCUCAUCCCUCCAUCUACAGGAAGUUUUAUGCUCCUAUAACUGAAGAGAAUAGGAAACAUCCCAUGUCCUAUUCCGACUGUCUGCAUUGGUGUCUUCCAGGAGUACCUGAUGUCUGGAAUCAAAUCCUCUAUGCCUAUAUUAUCAACUCCUGA